AUGAAAUUCAAUAUUGAGUCAACGACCUCAUAUAAUAGUAUCCAUCCAGCAUAUCAGUAUACAGAGCAAUUUGACAAUAAUGUGGAGACUUAUCGUGAAGGAACCAAGUGGUUUGGAAUAUUGCUGGCAUUCAUGUCCGGUACAUUUUUCACCAUAAGUUCUGGGCUCGUUAAAGCCGUCAGGAAUGUUGAUCCGAUGGUGCUCCUUGGAAUUCGGGCCAUUUUGCAGAUAGUGGUGAUGCUCGGGGUGGCUAUCAGGCAUGGAAAAAAUAUUUCAGGGCCCAAGGGUUCGAGAAUGUUAAUCCACUUCCAGGGGAUUGUUGGAGGAAUGACCCUUGCUCUCUUAUACUACAGCUUUCGAAAGUUACCAUUAGGCGAUGCAACAACAAUAAUCUUCAGCUCACCGGUCAUCGUAAUCGCUCUCUCAUUCUUGUUUCUGAAGGAACCCUGUGGGGUACUAAGGGUCGUUGUCAUCUGCACUCUAUUCACUGGAGUUGUUUUAGUAUCGAGACCACCAUUCAUAUUUGACAGCCACCAACAAUCCUACGAUGUGAUGGGCUACGUGUAUGCUCUCCUGGCGACCUUCUUCACAGCCCUAAAUAUAGUGGUCAUGAGAAAAUGCUCAAAGGUUCACUAUGCAGUUCUCGUGCUAAACCUAUCAGUUUGGAUUCUCCUGUCAGCUAUUUUUUUCUUCCUCGUUGUCUCAGAGGCUCACCAUCACAUCAGAGCUUUCCCCAGUGAUUGGCAGACGUGGGGAUUGAUAUGUUUAGUCGCAGCAACUGGAUUAUGUGGUCAAGUGCUUGUAACGAAAGCACUGAAGAUCGAAGGAGCUGGCAAAGUCUCAGUCACUCGAUCUCUCGAUAUUAGUCUAGCCUACAUCAUUCAGGUUUAUUUCUUCGGAGAAGUUCCCAACUCUACCAGUAUCAUCGGUGCAAUUCUUAUCCUCAUGUCCAUCAUGGCAAUGGGUUUCGAGAGGGAAAUCUAUGGAGUUUGUGAUUUCAUACCUUAGUGCAGGAGAUGUUAGCAAAUUUUUGUACCUCUCAACUAUUUUCCCGAGAAAAAGAAAGUUGAUUUAGCGCUGUUAUGGACAUUUCUGUCCCAUUUAACAAUUCCUUUCAAAUAUCUCAAUAAAUAAGAAAAACCAAGUCCUAUCUAAUCAGAAUAUCAAGAGACAAUCCUCCCUAAAUCCGAUUAUACUUCGUGACGUUGAGAAAAUAAUUACCAUAAUACAAAACAGCUCAAAUAUAUAUCCAUUAAUUAAUUAUUUAUUCAAAGAAAAAUACAACUACAAUUAACAGUAAAUUGCGUCACCAUACCAUACCCAAUAAAAUAUGUACAAUUUACGCCUUCCAUCGUCUCAUACUCCUUUAUUAAUUAUUUAGCUUUGUCUCUGUGAAUUAUCAUUACUAUUCAAUAUUUUUGAUCCAAAUCUUGACAAAAUCCAAUAUCCACCCUUGUCACAAUAAUUAGUUACUUAGAGGUAACAAAAGUGUACUUCAUUUAAAGAAUCUAGUUAUACUAAUUUGCCAUCAGAAUACAGCGUUGUAUUUCUUACUUUAAUAUAUUUAUUUUUUAAUUUUUAU